CUUUUUGGGGUCUCGCGGGCUUUGUUUUGAUAUGGCGGCAGGCUUCGAAAAUUCAGUUUGUUACCUUUGUAUAACACCCGCUUUCAUUUCAGUAAACCCGCUUUUCUCCUGAGUUACAGACAACCCUGCCUGAGACAUCGUGGCCAUCAUGUCAUCUCCAGCUGGCCUUCAGUACUCCCAGGCAGACUUCUUGGCCCGGUGGAUGCCAAGUAGCACCAGAGCCGGAGUUAUCCUCAAUCACUCCCCGGAUUUGGCUGGCCCCUUCCGGCACACCUCUGCCGUGGGAACCUCGCCCAUGCUGCCAGAUGAUUCCUUCGCUUCCGACUUUGCCCCUUUGCCCGCAUCUACAGACAGCAGCUGCCUCGGCGUGGAUGGAUUUACACGGGCACCAGGAGGAGAGAGGGCUGAGGCUGACAGGCCGGUGAACGGUCUGAACUCUUCCCCAACGAGAAAUGCAGAUGGACAGCUGGACAGUUUGGAUGAGAUGGCAAGCAAGUCACAGGAUCUGCCCCUUAUGAUGAAGCUUGAGCAGCUGAGGAAAUGGCAGCAGCACAUGCAGGAACAGCUCAGAGUUCAUCAGCUGGAGGAGCUGCUUCGCCUCCAGGAAGAGCAGCAGAGGCUGCUGGGAACUCUGAAUGGAUCCCAGCACUGCACAGGAGAGAGUUCAGAAAUGUCUGGAGCAGAGUGGGCUGAAGACACGCUCCACAGGUCUCAUUGCACACAGAGCUCAUUCAGCCCUGAUAUAAACUGCCGUGGAGACCCACGGUGCCGCAAACCAGAACAGCAGCUUUCACCAGCAGCCAGACAAGAGCAGCGACCCAAAGGUCAAGCACCUGAGGACGGUGAUGAGGAGGAAGAGUACUUAUUGAACUCCAGAGAAGAUGAUGAGGAGCAGAGUGUGGAUACUAACCAUUUUUCUGAGCAAGAUGACGCAUUAACACAGCAUAACACCGUGGCAAGGACUGAAGACAACAGCAGAACAGAAGAUGGCAUUUUUCAUGACAGACCUAUAAGGGCGGGUAUUGGGGGUCAGAAGCAGACAUUUGAAGAGUUAUUGGAGGAGCAGCUGAGGCUGGAGGAGCAGAGGCUAAAGUCUGCCCAGCAACAGCAGAGUCAAGAUGGAGCCACAGCUGUACAAGCCCCUCCUAAGAGAGCCUUCUUGAAGCGAGGCGAGGGGCUUUCAAGAUUUACAAACAAUCGCAAAGCUACGCUGCAAAAAACAGAAGCAAAGAAGGACCCCAAACCACCACCACCCCAAGCUAGAGUAAUCUCCCGCAGCAACUCAGAGCCUGCGUAUCUCAAGAAAGGAGCUGCAAACAGCAUCCCACGGCUUCCCCUCCAGCGUAAAACUGCCACGCUCAAUAAGGAGAACCGACUGAAGGCACUCAGUUCACCACCUCGCGAUAUCAGAGCAGAGACUAAAGCAGCACGGACAAAGGUUUUAGGUAGUCAUCAGAGACAGAACACAGUUGGACCAGAGGCUAUCCAAGCAAAUCCGGAUGGCAGACAACCCAAACAUCAGCUGGAGAAAGUAAAGGAGAACAACAACAUGAAAGUGGGUUUUUCAGUUCAGGCUUUGAAAACCCCUUUUCACAACAUUCAGCCUAUAACCAAACAGGGAGGGACGUUAGGACAGACAGAGGUGGCUGAAAAUGAAAAAAGCUGUGGUUCAGAAGUGGAAUUGGUGGAAGGAGGAGAGCGAGUCCUACAGGAUUCCUUUGAGUUGUCAUUCCAGAAGAAGCUCCAUCGAUGGGAGUGCGACAGACAGCUGGAAAGCAUGGAGCUGGGAGAGUUUGAGCUGCUGGAGCAAGCAGCUGAAGAGCUGUCCUUCUCAUCCAACUCCUCCUUUGUUAUGAAGGUUCUUCAGAUGGACCAACGCCAGCGGCAGCUGCAGACGGCCAAAGGACUGCACCAGCGACGCCUCUCUUCAACUCCCAUUAAAUCACCUCCCAAAGGUGCAUUUCAGAGGUGCAAUAGUGUUGGGAAUAGGAGUGGCUUGGCAUGUGAAAGCAACUCUGUGAACUUGGAAGCAUUUGUAAAGAGAACAGAUGAUACACUAAAGAACAAAGAGAGCAUUAAAGAUAAGGGCAGACAGGACAGUGAGAGCGAAGACAAACAGGACAUCUUUGACAUGACACCCUGCAGCGCCUCUGAACUUGGAGACCACAAAGCCAUCAAAAGUUCCCUCUGCUUCCCUGCACCUACUAACCCACCAUAUGACAAGCGGUCUUAUGAAGAUGAGGAUAGUUUCAGAGACUCAACUUCAGAAGUGGCACAAGAGGACGAUGUGGAGAGUGAGGAUGUCCUGAACAAUGCCGAGGACUCCACUCUGAUAGAGGACAAAGACGGCCAGCAGGGGAGAGUCGUGUUUGAUGAUGACGACACAUGGAACGACCUGGAGGACACCGCCAUCGGCACAGCCAAUGAAAGCAAAGAACUCAGUCUGAUUUCCAAGCCCAGAGAAAUUUCUCCCCCUGAGAAGACUCUGUUGAGGAAGGUGGCCGUGAGCAAAGGUUUGGAGCUGGGUAAAGGCACAGGUAUGGGUUCAGUCAUUCUGGAGCCUGAUCAUCCUCCUGCCUCCCAGCUCAUGACCAAGUUGUUCCCCUCGCUGAAGCCAAAAGCCCAGAAUGCACCUCUCCCUCUUCCCCCAGCUGCUUCUGUUGAGUCCAAAAAGCCAGAGGAGGACACAGGUCAGCAGGUCCAGUCGAGGCAGCUCAGGGAGAGAGUGGCUGAGCUGGAGAUCGAGAUUGAGAGAUUUAAGAAGGAGAAUGCUGCGCUCACCAAACUCAGGCAGGAGAACGAGAAAAAACAGGAAAGUCUCAGGAAAGAGCGUUUGGAGUUUGAGCAGAGAAAAGCAGAGGAGAUGGUCAAGUUUGAGGAGUACAAGAAAGAGGAAAACAGGAAGCUGCAGAAGGAGCGCAAACUGUUCGAGAAGCACACGUCAGCAGCCAGAGCUAUUCCUGACAAGAAGGAGCGAGAAGAGAUCCAGGAGUUGAAGCAGCAGCUGAACUCCCUGCAGGAGGAGCUCAAGAGGAGGGAGAGCCGCUGGGCUUCCACACAUGGCCGUCUGCGGCAACAGAUCGACUCCCUCAGACAAGAGAACAGUUCACUCCGGGAGGAGAUCCACAUGAUGGAGAAGCUCCGGCUGAGUGCCUGGAAGAAAAACCUCCUCACUGCUGAGGACAGGGGAACAAAGGAAGGUCCUAGUGUGUUUGAGUAUAACACACCAUCUGUGACCAAAGGAGUCAAAUUUGCUAGUCCUCUUCACUCCAGAGAGAGUGACAGCAGCCCUCCGCAGGUCGGCACCGCUGCAGCCACUAGAAUGAACUCCAAGGACAGCAGUCAGGUUGCUGCAGGAAUAAAGAGCAGCCUGAGGAAGCCAUCGGGACCCGGCUCCUCUUCCACCUCAGUGCCCAGCAGGAGGACAGAGGAGAAGUCAGCACCUGCCAGCAGUCAGGAAAAACCACCAACCCAGGAACACUUCCACAACCGCUCUCAGGAAAGAGAUUCUCCGCCGAAGGAGCUUGAGCAAAGUAAGGCCGAAGAGACCGAAUCAGCCAAGGAGGUUAUCACACAUCCUGAUGGCAGGGUAGAGAAGGUUCUGGUCAGCGGUGAUCGUCUUAUAAUUUUCCCCAACGGGACCAGGAAGGAGGUUUCAGCAGACGGGCUGACGGUCAAGGUCACCUUCUUCAACGGAGAUACUAAACAAGUCACAGCCGACCAGAGAGUGGUGUACUACUACGCCGAGACCCAGACUACACAUAUCACCUACCCAGAUGGCAUGGAGGUCCUGCACUUCGCCAACAACCAGACAGAAAAGCACUUCCCUGACGGCCGUAAGGAAAUCACCUUCCCAGACCAGACGGUAAAGAACCUUUUCCCUGACGGCAGGGAGGAAAGUGUACUGACGGAUGGGACCAUCAUCCAGGUUAACCCGGACGGCACCAAAGAGAUACUUUUCAACACGGGCCAGAAGGAGAUUCACACGGCCGACUACAAGAGGCGAGAGUAUCCAGACGGCACAGUGAAGACGGUCUAUGGAGACGGCAGGCAAGAAACCCGCUACCCCACCGGGCGGCUCAGGAUCAAAGACAAAGAUGGAAACGUCAUCCUGGACAAGGUGGAGAAAUGUGGUGCAUCUCAGUGACUGUGAGGACUUUGUUUUAAGCAUUUUUAUUAUUGCAGCUGUUGUUUAAACUGUGAAAAGGGUCCAGAAACUCAGAGAGGGGUGUCAGAGUUUGGUGCUUUUUCUUUCUGUAUUUAUUUUCGUGGUUAAAUGUGAUGACAGAGGUGAGCUUUAGGGAUGGAUUUUGCCACCUUUGGACACUUUAUUUCAAUGGCGUAACAGUUUGAGCGGUUUUAAUAUUCUUGUCACUCCUGGAUUUUCACAAAUCAACAAUUUUUUUUUUUUUUUAACUACUUCUGUCUAUAUGUAGCAAUUAGCAGGAUGAGACACGCUUUUGUGCCAGUGGUUCCAAACCCGCCCCUGAAGCAGAACCAGAACAGGCUCGUAUCAGUGCAUUAAAGUCAGGGAAAAAGCACAGGCAUAAAAAACAAUCAACAUGUUUUAAAACAUUUACAGAUGAUCUGAGGUAAGAAAGGAAUGCAACACAUUACACUCAAAGUACUGUCAGACUGAAGACUCUUAAACAGGACCUUUGUUUGCAAGAGAACUUCAUGGGUUUCCAGGAUAUUCCCUGCUUAUUAUCCAAACUACCAAACAUCUUUAUAACUUAACACAAAAUCUGGAUGGCAGAUAUGGAUUCAUAUUGUUUAUUGUGUAUUCAGGCAUGUGGAAGUGGGCCACAGAUACAGGAUGAACCGCUUUAGUGGGCUGCACAUGAAAUUCAUUUUAGUUUCAAGUGUUUGUAAAACUGUUAAAUACAUAUUUAUUUUCAUAGC